GAGAGGGUGGGGGGGAGAGAUAAGAGAGAGAAGAGGAAAAGGAGAGAGGAGAAGGAAGGAAGAAGAAGGAAGGAAGGGGACAAUACGAUCAUGCUGUGCUGUAUGAGAAGAACAAAACAGGUUGAAAAAAAUGAGGACGGAGACCAAAAGAUCGAGCAAGAUGGCAUCAAACCAGAAGAUAAAGCUCAUAAGGCAGCCACCAAAAUCCAGGCCAGCUUCCGCGGACACAUAACGAGGAAAAAGCUCAAGGGGGAGAAGAAGGGAGAUGCCCCAGCAUCUGAGACUGAUGCCGCCGACAAGAAGGAGGAAGGCCCUGCCGGCGGAGCGGCCGAGAACAAAGAAAGCGAGGCUGCCGCUGCCACAGAAGCAGCCGCCGCUGACAGUGCCCAGCAGGAGGAGGGCAGCAAAGACAGCAGCGCGCCAGCGGAGGAGAAAAAAGGAGAUGGAGCCGCCGACACGGGCUCAGAGCAGCCAGCCCCACAGGCUGCCACUCCUGCUGCCUCCUCAGAGGAAAAGCCCGCUGCUGCCGCUGCCCCCGAAAGGGAAAGUGCCACUAAAGCUUCCACUGAUAACUCGCCGUCCUUGAAGGCUGACGAAGCCCAAGACAAAGAGGAGCCUAAACAAGCCGACGUGCCUGCUGCUGACACCACUGCCACCGCCACCCCUGCCGCAGAGGAUGCUACUGCCAAGGCAACAGCGCAACCCCAAAUGGAGACAGUGGAGAGCAGCCAAACCGAAGAGAAGACAGAUGCUGUAGAAGAAACCAAACCUACUGAAAGUGCCCAGCAGGAAGAGGUGAAAGAAGAAGAGAGCAAGGCGGACCAAGAAAAUGCCUGAACAUUAAGAAAUGACUCCCCACUGCCCCUCCCUCCCUCCCCCUAUCCUCUAUCUUUCCUUCCCACCCCAAUCUCGAUUUCCCCCCCUUCCUGCUCACAUCUGUGAGCCUGUCUGUCCCUCUCCCAUUACCACUUAAACCCUUUUUCUCUCUGUGUGGCAAACAUUUAAAGAAAAAAAAAAAAAGCAGGAAAAAUCCCAGUCAAACAGUGUGGCUUAAACAUUUCUUUGUUUCUUGGUGUUGUUAUGGCAAGUUUUUGGUAAUGAUGAUCCAAUCAUUUUGGGAAAAUUCUUGCACUGUAUCAGAGUUCUUUGACCUGGCGCGUGCGUGUCUGUCUGCCCACUGCGAGCGCUCUCUCUCUCUCUCUCUCUCCUCUCUCUCUUCUCCAAGUGUGUGUGUGUGCAAUGUUACGUUCAUCUGAGGAGUCCAGACUAACCGAGUGAGUUAAAACAAAAGAGGGGAAAAAAAAAAAGGUUCUUUUCUUCCUUUUUCAAUGUGAUGGAAUGAACGAAAGAAAAAACAAGCAAAAGACCAAACGCAACAAACAAAUGAACAAAAAGGAAUACUAAACCCCAGUUUGUUUUCAGAACUAAAACAACAACUAGAAAAUGUGCCAAUUAGCAUAAUGCUUGGCUCCAGGCUCCUUUUUCAAACUGAACAACAAUUAUAAUAAAUGAGAAUAAAUAUCAUUAACUCCACCGUGUCGCAUUUCUAUGCUGCCGUACAUCCUGCUGGCCUGUGGUCUUUGGUGGGCCACUUCUUGCGUGGCCCAGCUGUGCUCCUUGGCCACCAGUCAGUGACUGACUGCUCUCCCUGGCACUACUGAGGGGAAUUUUAAGGGGAGCAGGCUUGGAUUAUGAGUGAUACGUUAGCACUGACUAACAUAAAUAAUGAAAGUGGCAAAAUCAGUCUUAGUAAGGAUUAUUGAAAGCGUCCCUCCAGGAGACUCUGAUUUGGAGAGCUAUAGUGACCUUGGAGGUAUGAGCCUGCAGAAGGACCAGCUUCAAUCCAUGCCCAAGGUCUAACCCCUGCCAAGGGGUGUGGGGGGACAGAGCCCUGGGACCUGAGCUUCUCUCCACAGCAAGAUGAUGCUCACCCCAUUGGGCCGGAGUUGAAGUCCCUGAGUAGCAUAGCAUGGCCUCCCAAGAGUGUUCUGUUUGGCAAAAUAAAUUGAGCCGAUCAUUAUUCAAUAUUUAUUGAAUAAAUAGUCACACGGGCAGGACGAGGCCUGGUGGCCUAGGAGCCAGUUGGUGGCAUUUUGAGAAAUACCUCAUUCCUGCUCCUGCUGAACCCAGGGUGCUUCACCCAGCUCUAAUGAGUGCCAAGGCUUUCAGCUGUCAUUUCUGGCUGUGGGCAGAGCCCCACCUCUGAAAUCUCCACCACUGCCCCCCACAGGUUGUUCCCUGUUCCCUGGUGCCACCCAGCCUGUCCCAGUGGAGGACUGACAGACACCAAACCCUGAGCCUGUACAGCCAUCUGGAUCUGCUGCUGUCUUCAUGAGCUGUGAGAGCAAACAAUUAAAAUACAUUUAGUAGUAUCUGGGCUUUCAUAAAAGCUAAUUACUGCUCUUUCAAUGCCCUGGUUACUUUCAUA